AUGUCACCUUCGUACAAUACGUCUGACCGAUCUGGAAUCUGGUCCUACGUUCCCUUCGGCUCCUCCCCGCGUCGCCGAUCCGUUUCCAGUGGACUUCCUCUUCGGCACUCUGGCAACAGUGACUCCAAGGACCACAACGCUCCUUGGGACCCCUUUGAAAAGUCCGAUCGCCGGACAGGAGGCAACGGCGCGAGCCACCCUUCCACCCUGGAGUCCAUACAGAACGCCUGGAUGACUCAAAGUCGGCAGGCGCGGUACUUGAAGACCGGGGGUGUCUUGACCCUGAUCGUUCUGUUGUACUGGGUUUUCUCAGGCGGGAGCAGCUAUUCCGCCAGUAACAAUGUCUACACCCCCGAUAACUCUCCGACAACGAGAUGUACGAAGCCUCACGACCUUUCCAAGCCGCUCGUCCAAUAUGCUAUUAUGAUCGAUGCAGGGAGCACAGGGAGCAGGAUACAUGUCUACAAAUUCAACAACUGCGGGCCUACACCCGAGCUAGAGCAUGAAGAAUUCAAGAUGACAGAAAAGAAGUCCGAGGGUUCUGGACUGAGCUCAUACAAGACGGACGCAGAAGGUGCAGCGAAGAGUCUGGAUCCUCUUAUGGAGGUGGCCCUGUCGACUGUUCCGGAUGACUACAAGUCCUGUACCCCGGUCGCCGUCAAAGCCACAGCAGGAUUGCGCCUUUUGGGUGACGAGAUGAGUGCCAAGAUUCUCAAUGCCGUCCGCACCAGGCUGGAGACAAAAUACCCAUUCCCCGUGGUCUCCAAGGAGAAAGGUGGCGUGGAGAUUAUGAAAGGAGAAGACGAAGGGGUGUUUGCAUGGAUCACCACCAACUAUCUUCUGGGCAAGAUUGGAGGACCCGACGAGACACCCACUGCGGCAAUAUUGGAUCUGGGCGGCGGAUCCACGCAGAUCGUCUUCCAGCCGACUUUUAAGAACAGUCCGCAUGGAGGCAUGCCCGAGAAGAUGGCCGAGGGUGACCACAAAUACAACCUCAAGUUUGGCGGGCGAGAUUUUGAACUAUAUCAGCAUUCGCAUCUUGGAUACGGACUCAUGUCUGCGCGCAACGCCCUCCACGCCUCGGUCCUGGAUCACAUGCACAAGCAGAACCCGAACUCAAAAGCCUGGCUCUCCAAACCCAUCCCAAACAGUUGCAUCAUCCCAGGCAUGCAGAAGAAGAUCAAUGUCACGAUGCCACCGGAUCACGAGCUUGCAGGGGAACGCAGUGUGACCAUGGAAGGCCCCGUUGACGCCAUCCCAGCACAGUGCCGGGCUCUGGCUGAGGGAAUCCUCUACAAAGACAAAGCCUGCACCCUGCAUCCGUGCUCGUUCAAUGGCGUCCACCAGCCCUCACUCGACAAGACCUUUUCGCGUGAAGACGUAUAUAUCUUCUCCUACUUUUAUGACCGGACUCAUGACCUGGGCAUGCCCGAAUCUUUCACGCUACGAGAACUGCUCGACCUGACGGAGAAAGUGUGCGGCGGUGAAAAACAUUGGAACGCGUUUGAAGGGGUUGAGGGAGCGCUUACGGAGCUGCGCGACCGGCCCGAAUGGUGCCUCGACCUGAAUUUCAUGUCGGCCCUGUUGCAUACUGGAUACGAGAUGCCCAUUGAUCGGGAGGUGAAGAUUGCGAAGAAAAUCAAAGGCAACGAGCUGGGAUGGUGCCUUGGUGCUAGUCUGCCAUUGCUCGAAAAGGAGAGCGGCUGGGAGUGUCGCAUCAAAGAGGUCACCAGAUGA